GACUGCGGCCACUUUCCUUUGCUCGUCGCUAACCAUGAAGCUCUGCAUCGGCCUAGCGGCCGUCUACAACGCUGUACUGGUGACUGCAGUCGUCGCAGCGCCCUCCAGCGUAGAUUCUUCCGCUGCAAGUGCGAGCAGUAGCUUUGUGAGCCCGGUUCCAUCUUCGUCGGCUCUCCCUUCCUCUUCCCUUUCACUGUCAUUGACAAGCCCUAUCACUUCUGUGUCGCCAAGUUCUGUCCCCUCUAUUUCUCUUUCGUCUAGUUCACUGUCCAGGUCUGCCUCGAUCACCGGCUCAGUAUCCGCCUCCAGGGUGUCGUCUGUCUCUGCAUCACUCAGCUCAGUCUCUGGGAACGCGACUUCGGCUCCCGUGUCGCCUACAUUCAACACCGGCGCCGGCACUGAGACAGGUAUAAUAUUUCCUACCAUCACUCCAGAGUCGUUCACACCUUUCCCGGUUCCCUCUGACACACCGAUCCCAAACACCUUCCCCGAAACUCAGCCGCAGAACCCACCAGCGGUAUCCGAUAGUGGCAAAGUCGUACCGGAUUUCGGACAAGCAUGGAAAAGGGCCUAUAGCAAGGCCAAGGCUCGCAUCGCAAGCUGGUCGCUUGAACAAAAAGUCAACUCUACGACUGGUAUAGGAUGGUCCAACGGCUUGUGUGUUGGUAAUAUUCCACCCAUAAAGGAUUGGCCUGGUCUAUGUCUUGAGGACUCUCCUCUUGGAGUUCGCUUCGCCGAUUUCGCAACUGCGUUUCCAACUGGUGUCAACACCGCUGCAACUUUCAAUCGAACUCUGUUCCGUAUCCGAGGCGAGUUUAUGGGCGCGGAACACAAGGGGAAGGGUGUCCAUAUCGCCCUUGGUCCGAUGAUGAACUUGGGUCGCAUUGCUCAAGGCGGUCGCAACUGGGAAGGCUUUGGGGCCGAUCCAUAUCUGGCUGGUGAAGCUGCAUACGAGACUAUUCUCGGCAUGCAGGGGUCUGGAGUACAAGCUUGCGCUAAGCAUUACAUUAACAACGAGCAAGAGCACAAACGGACUCAGUCCUCAUCCAAUGUGGAUGAUAGGACACAACAUGAGCUGUACGCUCAUCCCUUCUUGCGUAGCGUGCAAGCUGGCGUCGCAAGUGUGAUGUGCAGUUACAACCUCAUCAACGAUACCUAUGCAUGUGACAAUGACAAGAUGCUCAAUGACGUCCUCAAGCGCGAGUUUGGCUUCCAGGGUUAUGUCAUGUCUGAUUGGAGUGCUCAACACACCACUGAGAGUGCUAUGACUGGUCUCGAUAUGACUAUGCCAGGAGACAUUACAUUCGACUCUGGAACAUCGUACUUUGGUCAGAACUUGACUGACUACGUAAGGAACGGAACCAUCCCCGAAUCGCGAGUCGACGACAUGGCAACCAGAAUUCUUGCUGCGUGGUAUUUCCUUGGCCAGGACAAAAACUACCCAAAAGUGAGCUUCAAUGCGUUUGACGCAAUUGACGAGGUCACCAAUGAUCACGUGGAUGUCCAAGAAGACCAUUUCAAGGUUGUCCGUCAAAUCGGCGCAGCCAGCUCCGUUCUUCUGAAAAAUACAAAACGCGCUUUGCCUUUACAGAAACCGAAGAGCGUCGUUCUCAUUGGCAACGAUGCUGGUCCCGCACGCAAUGGACCAAACGGUUUCUCGGAUCGUGGUGGGGACGACGGUGUCCUCGCUAUGGGUUGGGGUUCCGGAACCGCCCAAUUUCCAUACCUGAUCUCGCCUUUGGAAGCCAUCCAAGCCCGUGCACGGAAGGACAGAUCUAGUGUCUCAUGGUUUUUGGACAACUUCAACCUCAACGGCGCUGCAAACGCUGCGAUCGGCCAGGAUGUUGCACUAGUUUUCGUUAACGCUGACUCUGGCGAGGGCUACAUCACCGUCGAUGGUAAUGAAGGAGACCGCAAGAACUUAACCUUGUGGCAAAAUGCGGAUGCCCUUAUUUCCGCUGUUGCUCAGCAAAACAACAACACCGUGGUCGUUGCACACUCCGUUGGACCUGCUAUCGUUGAGUCAUGGAUCGAUAAUCCUAACGUCACUGCUGUCGUAUGGGCUGGUCUGCCCGGUCAGGAGGCUGGUAACUCCAUCGCUGAUGUUUUGUACGGCGACUUCAACCCAUCUGGUCGCCUGCCUUACACUAUUGCGAAGAGCCCGUCUGACUACUCUGCACAAUUGGUCACCGGUGGUGGCGCACAGGACAUUUUGAGUAUCCCUUACUCAGAAGGUCUUGGCAUUGACUAUCGCCAUUUCGAUGCCGCUGGUAUUGAGCCUCGGUUUGAAUUCGGUUUCGGUUUGAGCUACACCACGUUCAAGUAUUCGGGCCUGCAGGUGUCUGCUGUGCACCAUUCAGACAAGACCUCCUCCAAAUUGGAAGCCAAUUGGGCUGUUGGAAAACCGUCCCCCAUCGCGGUAGGAUCAUCUGCAGCAAUUUGGCUUCAUCGGCCAGCUGUUCAGGUGAAGUUCACUGUCACGAAUACUGGUAAAAUUGCUGGCGGCGAGAUUCCACAACUUUACAUCCAACAUCCCGCUUCCGCUGGAGAACCUCCUUCGGUCCUGAAGGGAUUCGCGGACGUUUUACUCAAACCAGGCCAGAGCAAGACCGUUACCAUCAACCUGUCUCGAUACGACUUGUCUAUCUGGGACACCGUUGGGCAAGGCUGGGCAAGACCAAAAGGAACCAUCAAGUUCGCUGUGGGCCAAAGUAGUCGAUUGUUCAAGUUGAAAGAUCAUAUGUGUUACAAAAUAGCAUGCAUUAGAUUUCUCAUAGUAUUGAACAGCCUCAUCGAUAAAUUAUGCACACAUCUCCGCCAGCCAACAUUGAACCGCGUGCAUAGCUCAUCUGUAUGGUGUUCUCCAUCUAACAGCGGAACCAAGGCUGGUGGGAACGGGGACGCAGUGUGCGGCAGAUGUGCCCCGGGUGCAGAGGGAGACUUUGACAUACGUAUCCCUCUCGCUAUGGCACCAACGGUGCUCCGACCGCCGCUGGAAUGUUCGCUUUCCAUGCUGUCGGAGCCACCACCCGCGUCCGGUGAUAACCGCAUAGAGGAGAACUGGGGCGACGAAGAGACAUAGGUGGGAACAGCAGAAUUCAGAUUAGAGUAAUCUACUUGGGGACGUCGAGCGGGAGGAGGCUCUCUUGCACUCAUGCUUGGUGUACGCAAUGGUCUAGUGCGUACAAUUGGCGUUCGUUCUU